AGCUUUACAGAGCAGAGACACUUUGGGACUGGACACUAGAGAGGGAUCAGAUACUCGUUCACAGAAUUUGGCAUUGAGAGGCGAAAAGAGAGAGAGAAAGAGGAAGACAUAAAGAACGAAGAGAAGACAAUAAAGGACAGAGAACAGGAAUGGGAUUGCUACGUGUGGCAGAUUUGGUGACAAGGCAGAGCAGUGAGGAGAAAGAGGCGGGACAUGUAUGUGUGGGGGUUGGCGAGUAUGAGUCUGCUGUCACCCGUGAGAAACAGGAUGGGAUACACACAUUCACUCUCCUGUGCGAUGACACACAGGACACAGAACAACACGACCUCAAACUCAAUGUUGACAUAUCGGGGCAUCUAAAGUUAGAGACAGUUGAUGAUCUGUAUAACAUCCUGCAGCUCAGACAGAGAAGAAAAGAGAGGAAGAGACAAAUACAUCAGAAAGAACCUGAACCUGAGAUCCUGCCUGAAACGGUGGACGAGUCAAUGUUCCUCACAGCUGCAGCAGAAAAUAAAUUGGCUGUAGUGGAGAAGUUUCUCUCUGAUGGUGGAGACCCAAACACUUCUGAUCAUUUUAUGCGCUCUGCUCUGCAUAAGGCAUGUUAUGGAGGUCACAUCAACGUCAUGAAGAAACUCCUGGAGGCCGGAGCGUCUAUAGAGAACACGGACAAGUUGGAUGCGACAGCAGUGCACUGGGCGUGUAGAGGAGGCAGUCUUCCUGCACUGGAGCUGCUGCUUAACGAAGGAGGAAAACUUGACAGCAGAGACAAGUUACUCAGCACUCCCCUUCACGUGGCCGUUCGGACCGGUCACUACGAGUGUGCAGAGCAUUUGAUCCACUGCGGAGCCGACAUCAAUGCUAGAGACAGAGAGGGAGACACUCCGCUGCAUGACGCAGUGAGGAUCAACAGGUUCAAGAUGAUCAAACUGCUGCUGAUGUACGGCGCUAACAACAAGAGCAAGAACACAGAUGGAAAGACACCGAUGGAGAGUCUGCUUCAGUGGCAAAGUGGAGCGAAAAACAUCCUGAGUGACUUUAAAGAUGAGACGCAAAUUAUAACCGAGUGAAGAGAAAGAGAAUGUUAUCCUUAACGUUAAACCAAUGUUGAGAGGGGAAAUAACUCCAGGUUUCAUUACACGUGAUUCACUUUAACUCAGAUGCACAGGGAUGAUAAUUGCUGGCAAUUUCAUUUAUUUUAUUUCUGUGAAAGUUUCUGUGAAAGAAUGUGUUUUAAUGGUCUGUGAUGGAGAAACAGGAAGCUGAUGGAUGGAAAAUGUGCUUUCUGUAUGUUUCUUGACUUGAUGAUGAGGUUCAUCUGCACAAUUUUGUUUCCGCUGGUCGUGUCACAACUACAGCACUAAGAUUUUUAUACAAAUAUGUUAGAUUUGUGAAUGAAUGAUUGUCUGAAUGAAUUUUAAUUCUCCUGAAUUUCUUUACUUUAUUUUAAUUGGUGUGUGUGUGUGUGGUGUUAGUGUUUAUCAUGCACCUUGUCACUGGCAGUAUGAUGUUGAUAAUGAGGAAGUUGAUGAUUAUGAUCAUGAAGAAAGUAAUGGUAAUGAUGGUGAUGAUGAUGGUAAAGAUGAUUAUGAAUAGAAAGUGAUGAAAGGUCUGUUGGUUGACUUAAGAGCAGAUUUGAGACUUUCUAAAGGACUGGCUGUGUUCUAAUAUCUUUCUUUAAUUUGUGUUCUUACUUUUUCUUGCAAUGUAAUUAUUCCAACUAGCUCAAUUCCAUUUUGAUUAAGUUCUUUUGUUUGAUUUAUUUAUUAUAUUUAAAUAAAAAUUGGAGCAUG